AUGGUCCAGCUGCAAGAUGAUAGGGAAGACGUAAUGCUGGUCAGCUGCAUGAUUAUGGGCGAGCUUGCUGCCAACAACGUCGACCAGCGUCUCUUCUGGCCCAGCCAGGUUGAGGGAACUCGAUUCGUUCGAGAAGAUCUCCAAGAGUGGAUGGUUGGUCUGCAGAGCGUUCUUGACGGUUUCUCAGAAUCUCAAGCCUCGCAGGCAAGUAUCUUUUACCCCCGUGGGAUUCAAGCCGGCCAGGAUUUAUAUUUUGACGAACAGCAUGGACGGCUCCUGAUGCUGAUCGAAGACCGCUUGACUGUCGUCAUUGCUCCUCCAGCCGCCCCCCACACCUUUUACGUGGAUAUUCCCUAUGAAAAUAUCCGUGAAGCGACACUCUCAUCCGAGUGCGAGCUACGUCUAGACUUGGUCAGCGCCAGUGGCCCUUGGACAUACGUUGUCAACGCGAAGUCGUACGAGACAAAAUCGAUCUCGGUGGAGCUCGCCGUAGCCGCCGACGCGAAGCACGUCACGACCGAGAUCCAACAAAGGAGCUCGACAUCUACUCUUUUCCAGGAGAGAGUCCAGAGCCGGCACUCGAACCGGAACACUCUCGGAAACGGAAGGGCAAAGGUGACGGCGGAACUGUUCAAUUUCGAGAACCUAAGUCGAUUGAGACUGCCCCCCGAGGAAGAAAGCGCCAACAAAGCCGGAGGAAGAAAGGUGAAGAGGGCAAAUGUGGUCACAGUGACGACGAGUUUCAGCCGGGAAAGCAGCAGAAGGUUGAUCGCACGACAUCAGUCAGAGUCACAAGAGCAUCGGAGGCCCAUAGAUUACACGCCAAGGGACCUCACAAUCAAGCUACAGAACUGA